AUGAUCCUCCUAAACAAGCUACCCACGACGUUUAUUGGCGUUGCAGAACAGUGUUUUGUGUCCGGCGCGGUGUGCAUCAAUGUGCUUGGGUAUAGUUGCAUGGUGGGCUUCCCUGCCGUGUUACUACCACAGCUGAGGGAGCCAGGGUCCCUCAUUCCGCUUACCAGGGACCAAGAGUCAUGGAUCACAUCUCUCGUUGGUUUCGCGAUGUUAGCCGGCAACUUCAUAACCCCUGGAAUUAUGGAUCAAUGGGGACGCCGCCCCAUGCACAUCAUCGUCAGCAUCAUCAAUAUCCUCGGAUGGGUUAUCAACGCAUUGUCAACUAGUUUUCCGAUACUCUUCUUUGGAAGGACAGUACAAGGCAUCGGUUUUGGCAUGUUCAUGUCACUUCGCUCAGCUCUCGUCGGCGAGUACACCAGUCCGAGCAACCGAGGAUCGUUCCUGACGCAUAAGAACGAAGGAGUGGCGUUCCACGGGUGAUCAAGCAUCAUUCCGCAACGAAAACGCGCUCCGGCCGAGCGGGUCCCCCAGUCGCACCAUGUCCUUAGCGGAGGGAGCGUCGGAUUCCGAGCACCAC